CACCUCCAAAAUCUCUCAGUGACGGAAGGUGGGCUGGAGGUCCCAGAGUGCAUGACUUCAUGUCGCUGUAAUUCCUUUCCUAAUUCUCUUCUCUUCCCUUCCAGUUCCUUCACAUAGACAGACCGAGAAGUCACACAUAGAGACAAUACUAGACGCUCUCUUCACUUUUGCCCACUUCGUUCGCUUCUGCGUCUUUAGUAACUUUGAUUUCACCGUCCACGCUCCCAGCAUGUCGAAAGUGGAGCACAAUGCUUGUUUGAUCGUGAUUGACGGUUGGGGAGUCCCGUCCGAGGACUCGCCCAAGGAUGGCGAUGCCAUCACGGCUGCCGAGACCCCUGUCAUGGACGCCUUUGCGCAGAGCAAAACGGGCUAUACCGAACUCGAGGCCUCCUCGCUUGCGGUCGGUCUCCCCGAGGGCUUGAUGGGAAACUCUGAGGUUGGCCAUCUCAAUAUUGGCGCCGGCCGUGUCGUCUGGCAGGACGUCGUCCGCAUCGAUCAGUCCAUCAAGACGGGCGAGUUCAGCAAGAACAACGUCAUCAAGAAGACGCUUGAUGCGGCCAAGGACGGCAACGGCAGACUCCACUUGUGCGGUCUCGUGUCCCAUGGUGGCGUGCACUCGAAGCAGGAGCACCUGUACUCCCUCCUGAAGGCCGCCAAGGAGACUGGCAUCCCCAAGGUCUUCAUCCACUUCUUUGGUGACGGCCGCGACACGGACCCCAAGUCUGGCCUCGGCUACAUGGAGGAGCUCCUGGAGAAAGCCAAAGAGAUUGGUGUUGGAGAAAUCGCGACUGUCGUGGGCAGGUAUUACGCCAUGGACAGGGAUAAGAGAUGGGAGCGCGUCGAGCUUGCCAUGAAGGGCAUGAUCCUUGGCGAGGGUGAAACGGCCGAUGACCCCGUCAAGGCCGUCAAGGAGCGGUACGAGAAGGGCGAGAACGACGAGUUCCUGAAGCCUAUCGUGGUCGGUGGCGACGAGCGCCGGAUCAAGGAUGACGACAUUGUCUUCUUCUUCAACUACCGAUCCGACCGAGUCCGCCAGAUCACGCAACUACUAGGAGACGUCGACAGGUCACCCCGCCCCGACUUCAAGUAUCCCAAGAUCAAGCUCGUCACCAUGACCCAGUACAAGCUUGAUUACCCGUUCGAGAUCGCUUUCCGGCCGCAGCACAUGGGCAACGUCCUUGCCGAAUGGCUGGGAAAGCAGAAGGUGGAGCAGGUUCAUGUGGCCGAGACGGAGAAGUACGCGCACGUUACCUUCUUCUUCAACGGUGGCGUCGAGAAGGCGUUCGAGCUUGAGACGCGUGACGAGAACCAGGACCUCGUUCCCUCCAACAAGAGCGUUGCCACGUACGACGAGGCCCCUGAGAUGUCGGCCGACGGCGUCGCGGACCAGGUGGCCAAGCGCCUGGGAGAGCAGAAGUUCCCGUUCGUCAUGAACAACUUUGCGCCGCCAGACAUGGUGGGCCACACGGGCGUGUACGAAGCGGCAAUUGUGGGGUGCGCUGCGACGGACAAGGCCAUUGGCAAGAUCUAUGGGGCCUGCAAGAAGGAGAACUACAUUCUCUUCAUCACGGCGGACCAUGGCAAUGCCGAGGAGAUGAAGUUCCCUGAUGGGAAGCCCAAGACCUCACACACUACCAACAAGGUGCCCUUCAUCAUGGCAAACGCACCUGAGGGUUGGAGCCUCAAGACAGCUGACGGCGUACUCGGUGAUGUCGCCCCGACCGUCCUGGCCGCCAUGGGACUGCCGCAGCCUGAGGAGAUGACUGGAAAGAGCCUACUGGUGAAGGCUUAGACAUCUCAUCUUUGAGAAGUCAAAAUGGAAUGAUGGAACGAUGUCAAUGCGCAUAGAUAAAGUCAGACGAGAUCAAAUACAAC